UGUCGUAUGACUGCUGACGAUUAUACAAUAUUUAUUCAUUUUAAGUUCUUAUGGAAUUAUUAGUCUAUAUCACUGUCUGUAACUCUCUUUUAUUCGGAAAUCUAUAGUGUUGACUAACCUGUCAGAGGCAACGUAACGUAUCUAGCAUUAGCUAACAGUAGUAAACGUUAGUUUGAAAUUCAUCACCAAGGAUUUAGAGAUCUUGGAGUAAAGUCAGUUUAAAAAUCUUGCUGACAGGGCAAAGACAUGGAUAGUAGUGAGGGUCCCGCUCUAAGGCCCGUGACGUUGGAUAUCACUGAGGUGGCUGAGCCUGAGAGGCCCCAGGAUCCAGUGUCUGCCCUAACGGAGGCCAGUUCAUCCUCCACUUUCCCAGCCACCGAUGUCCUCUUCCCGGAGGAGAGCAUUGACCUUGGCGGGGAGCCCUUCAGCUCUCCCCAGGAUGACAGCUUGGCUUCAGGCAGCCUGAUGGACAAACUUAAUGACCAGAUGAUGGAGAGUGUCAUGAUCUCAGACUCGCCUAAUAACAGCGAGGAGGAUGAUGUGGUUCCUAUGGACUCACUGCUGGAGCAGUUUGAGGAGAGUCAGACACCAGAAUCCAAAGAGCCCGAUGGGGAGGGAGUGGGAGAAAAAUUGGAACCUGAGUCCACUGAAGAACAAACCACGACUGAAGUCAAGAUAGAAUCACUGGAUGACUCCUCUACAACUGCAGAGGAAAAGGUAGAGGAAGAGAAGAUUGAAGAGAUGAAAGAGGAAGAAACAGAGGAAGAUGAAAAGGAAACUUUCGCCUCUGUCCAGCCACCAGAAGAUUCACCCAGCUCCGGUAGUCCCGAGGCCCAGGAAGUCACGUUGGGAGCUAGCCAGCUGACCACCAAGGAGGAGUCAAUCCCGGUGUGCACAAUCUUCAACCAGGGGCAGCCACCCAAAAUGCUGGUCCCUGACGGCUUCCAGCCCACGCUGGUGAAAUCGCCCAGCUUCAGCAGUGUCAGCGUGAACGCUGAGACACCCAGUAAGCUGGCGCCCCUCGUGUGCCAGCCCAGCCCCAGCCUAAGCAAGUUCUUCGCCGACGUCAACGUCAACCCCGCCUCAGACUUCUUCGACUCCUUCACCACCUCGUCCUCCUUCAUCUCCGUCAGCAACCCCAACGCCGAGUCACCCAAAGCAUCCACUACCCCCGAACACCAGGUCUCCUCCUCCACAGGCUCUUCACUGCCCGUCGCGGCUCCUCAAGAGAGUACCACACCCGGCUCCUAUUUCUCUGCCCCCCCAGCAGACAGCACCCCAAAGCCCCCUCCGACAGGCCCAGCCGAAGCCACCCCACCGAUGUUCUCCAAGCUGCAGGCUGUGUUCUCAGGCAGCGACGACCCCUUUGCCACGGCGCUGAGCAUGAGCGAGGUAGACAGACGCUGUGACUCCUGGCUACCCUCAGAGGAGACCAAGAAGGUGCUCGUGUCUGUGGCCGCCCAGCAGGUCAACCCUAUGUACGUGGAGAGGGAGCGUCUGUCCAUGCCGGGACUGAAGUUCGACAAUUUACAAGGUGAUGCAGUGAAGGACCUAAUGCUGCGUCUCCUGGGAGACCAGGCAGCGACAAAGAGGCAGGUCCUUACUGCCAACUCCGUGGAGCAGUCCUUCCUGGGCCUGAAGCAGCUAAUUAGCACCAAGAACUGGAGGGCAGCCGUGGACCUGACGGGCCGCCUGCUGACGGCGCACGGACAGGGCUACGGCAAGAGCGGGCAGCCCACCAGCCACACCACCGACUCCCUGCAGCUCUGGUUCGUGCGGCUGGCCCUGCUCACCAAGCUCAGCCUCUUUCAGAACGCCGAGCUGGAAUGCGAACCCUUCGGCAAUCUGGACCUGCCGGACCUGUACUACGAGUACUACCCGUCCGUCUACCCGGGCCGACACGGUUCAAUGGUUCCCUUCUCCAUGCGUGUCCUGCACGCGGAGCUGCCUCAGUACCUUGGGAAGCCCCAGGAGUCUCUGGACCGGCUGCACAGGAUGAGGACUGUCUGUCAGAAGAUCUUGGAUAAUUUAGAGGAGGGCCUGGCCGAAGAUGGCAGCAUGAUGAACCUGACUCAGGAGAACAGGCAAGCCUCCAUUCAGUUGUGGAGGUCACGUCUGUGCCGGGUGAUGUACUCCAUGGCAAACUGUCUGCUAAUGAUGAAGGACUAUGUGCUGGCUGUGGACACGUACCACUCCAUCAUCCAAUACGAGCCCCAGCAGAAGGUGCAGCUGCUCAGCGGCAUCGGCCGCAUUUUCCUGCAGAUUGGGGACAUUAAGACUGCAGAGAGGUAUUUCCAGGAGGUGGAAAAAGCCUGCCAGGCAAAGGAAGGGGGGGAGAUGCAGGAUACUUCAGUGCUGAUGAAUAGGGCAUUUGUUUACCUCAGUCAGAAUAACUAUUCUGAGGCGCACACGUGCUUCUCUGGUGUACUGAAAAUUGAUCCCAAGAACCCUGUGGCCAACAACAACGCGGCGGUGUGCCUCCUCUACCUGGGCCGUCUGAAAGAGUCCCUGCGGCAGCUGGAGAGCAUGGUGCAGCAGGACCCGGCGCUCUACCUGCACGAGAGCGUCCUCUUCAACCUUACCACCAUGUACGAGCUGGAGUCGUCCCGCAGCACCCAGAAGAAGCAGGCGCUGCUGGAGGCGGUGGCCUGUCGCGAGGGGGACAGCUUUAACACCCAGUGUCUCAAGCUGGUCUAGGGGUGCCCCCGCCGCUGGCCAGACACGGGUUGUUCAUGAAGGUCUCCCACACCAGGCAGAGAGCCAGGGCCAGGCAGGAUCCCUGAUUGGGCAUUAACUCGCUUAUACCACAUGGGCCAAAAGGGUGCCAGCUCCCCUGGCCAUCUGCUAGACCUAAUGUUUUGGGGUUUUGUUUUUGUGUGUUUUUUUUUUUUUUUGUGUUGGGUUUGGAUGCAACUGGUGGUCUGACUGACUGAAUGGGCGAUCAAUUGGAGUGCUAAUGAAUGUGAGUCACUGAAGGCCAGGGAGAGUCCCUGUGGUCCCAACACAUGCUCAGGCUUCACCAGUAGCAGCAGAGCUUUCUGGAGUGCAGGAUGAUCCCAAGACCAAAGCAAACGACCAAUAGCAGUAAACCACCAUGGAAUGAAUGGUCAAGUUGCAUUUUAAAGUCUGUUUAUUUUCUUGAACACUAAAGGGUGUAGUAUUUGGUUUAGGUAAAACAACACAUAUCUCGUGAAAAAAAGGAAUGUAAAGUAUUUGUAUGAUCCAAAAAUGUACAUAUUUUAUAAUAAUGAAAGAAUCAAGAUUUAAGAUCACCUCUUAAAUUGUUAUAUUAUGUGAAUGAUUCUUGAAUGCUGGUUGCUGUUUACAUUCUGUGUUAAUCUUAAUCACUAUCUGUACUGUAUGACAGUUGAUUUUAGAAAAAGAAUCAUGUUCAUCCAAAUAAACUUGUACUGAUCUUUAA